UGUGGUAUUUCAGAGAGAAGAAACUCAAACUAACACAAAAGAGGAAUAAAACAAGCAAGGAACUGAAUCGAGCCGUUUCAAUGCCAAGCCCUAAUGCUACUACUACUACUACUACCGCUGUCACCCGUGUUGAAGUAACUGAAAGUUGACAAAGGGAGGAGUGACGAGGCGAGUAAAAGAAGAAACAUUGUUCCAGAAGCUACUAGAAUGAACAGAAACAAAAAAGGAAAAAAGGAGCAAAAUUCAUUUUUACAAAUGUAUAGGAUGUUUGAGGGAGAAAACCCAGAAAAGAGUGUGGAGAAAAAGAAGAAAAAGAAAAAAAAGGAUCACACAAGAGUGGCAACAGCAUCAAGUGAAAGUCAAGAGGUAUUGAAUCUAGAAGGAGAAGGACAGGAAAAGAGUGUGAAGAAAAAGAAAAUGAACACAAAGUAUAAAAUUGCACCUAAGAAGAGGAGAAAACAGGCAAGCAGUCUAGGUGCACUAGAACGAUGUCCCACUUACUAUGAAGCACAAGGCAAUUGUAGCAUGAAAGGGGGAAAAAAUUCAGUUUCAGGAGGUUUCACAGGACAGAAAAUUGAAGGGGAAGGAAACCCAAAUGUAUAUGGCCACGAAACACACCAGAAAUGUGAAGAGGCAGGAGAGAUUAAUGCUUCAGAUAGCAAAAAUUAUCAUAAACAUAAAUUCGGACACACUUUCAGCAACAAAGAACACUGGAAAGAUAAGAAGUCACAAAGGAAAUGGAAAGAGAAAAGUGUGAAAGAAAUAUUAAGGGUGGAGCAUAUAUUGGAAAAAAAAUUGAGGAAUCAGUUUGGAAGAACUAAUGAAAAGAGAAGGAGGCACAUGUUGAUAGAAGCAAGACAAGCAAGGGCAAGGGGACUGUGCCUUGAGUAGUAUUGUCUAUUUUUAUUAGUGAGAGAUCUGUAAUUUAAUAUUUUUCCUUUUGUUACACAGAUCAAUUACUGCUGCUGUUUGUUGUACGAAGAAAUGUAUCCAAGACAAAUUGAAUGAAGUGUUGAAAAUGAAUGCAUCAAAACAACUAAACUGACUUUGUUUUGGUUCCAAACAAUUGAAGAGCAUUUUUAAUUCUCUCUUCUUGUUUGCUGGAAAGAUUUUCUACUCGGUCUUCUCUGCUUUCAUCUAUACUUGUAUCAUAAAGAUUUAUUUAGUGAUAAAAACUUAUUUAGUGUCGAUUGAUUAUGAAAUUUAGGUCUUGGUAUGUAUAAAGUAGUUAAUCUAAAUCCAAUGUUCAUAAUAGUAUUUUGUGUUGGUGUGUGAUCUGCACAGUUGACAUCAUUAGAAAUGUUGUAGCCAGGUACCCUGGUUCAGGAUGGCUUAGGAUUUGUCUUUAUGCUUUCCUUGUAUAUAAUGGCCUCAUAAUGGCAUUAUGUAUUUUUAUUGCAUCUUUACAUUUUUAUAUUUUUAUUGCAUAUUUACAUUAAUUUGAUUUAGUAUUAAUCAUCUUUUCAUCAGCAGCAAAGGUAGCAUAUUUAUGUUCUUUGAUUUUUGCUUGCUAAGCAGUCCCAAGGUCUCUUGACCGAUGCUGUUUUUGAGGUGUCUGUUUAAAGUUACAGCUUUUUAAAGAAACAUGAUUAAUAAGUUAUAGCAUGGUCUGGGAAUUUUCACGUGUGUGCGAGGCAUUUGGGCAGCUAGGCUAAGAUGUUCACUUUUUACUCUUUAAAUGUGAUGAUGUUCAUGCUACAGUUAAAUAAUUUUUUCUUGCUUCAUUUGACAUUGAAAAGGAGGAAGUGUACUUGGACUUGGUAGGCAAUUACCAAGACCAGAUGUUGGAUUGUUCAUAGGGAGCAACAUUACAGGCUUGGAGUAUUAGAUACAUUUUGCAGUUACAAUACUUUGAGUCAUACUUCUCAAGAAACUAAGUUGUCAGUAAAUAGGGUUUAAUAUAAUUUUGUAUUGUUCAGUAUUAAAAGAAACUUUUUAUAAGUAAGAUACAGCCCAUUUGGAGGUAUAGCAUCAUAAAUUGUGGACUCCAAACAUUUGCAUCACAGAAGAGGUGAAGUUCUACAAUAAAAACUUUAUGAGAAACUGCAAGUUUUAUUAUGGGUAGCGGUGAGGUGCCUCCUGCUACAGAGUGAAGGGAACAGGCCAAGUCCUCCAGAAAUCGUGCUCAGGGAUUACAGUGCUAAGUAACAGAGAACCAAACAGGUUUCACAUCAUUUCAAGUUUCUCUACUUCAUGUAACAGUAGGUGAUUGUAAUUAUCAAACCUUUCUACUUCAUAGACAGCUUAAUCAUUAAUUCUAUGUAACACAGUCGUUUUUCUU